GAAUUACUUAGACAGACUUUAGCAUUAUUUGCGUUCAAAAGGAAGUGAUUAGCAUAUUAAUUCAUAUUUGGAAUGAUUAGAACAGGAGUGACUGUAGUGUGCAGAAACACGGCAUUGAAAGUAACUUCACGAUACCUUCGUAUGAGCUUAGCACGGCGAUCCAAUGUCAGCGACCAAACCGUUAACACCUCUUUCGUAGCUAACUUGUUUCGAGGCGAAAUCCACUUCGGCCAGGUAUUUCCUUAUCCGGAAGCAGCCGACGAGGAACAGAAGGAAUACAUCCGUUCGCUAGCCGAGCCGGUGCAGCGGUUUUUCAGUGAACGGUACGAUCCGGCAGAAAGCGAAAGACUUGGUCGGCCUCCGGAAGCAGUUCUGGACGAACUAUGGGAAACCGGGGGUUAUGCUUUGAUGAUACCAGAGGAAUACGGAGGACUGAACAUGUCAAACACUGGAUAUGCGACAAUGUGUUCGGUGGUUGGCGCAGUAGAUCUGGGACUGGCGGUGGUACUCGGAGCUCAUCAGAGCAUCGGUUGGAAGGGAAUAUUGCUCUAUGGAAGCGAGGAACAAAAACGGAAGUAUCUUCCGAUGGUGUCAACUGGACGAACUGUUGCCGCCUUUGCUCUAACCGAACCUGGGUCCGGUUCGGAUGCCAGUUCCAUCCGGACCCGUGCCGUGAAGAGUGAGUGCGGAAAGUACUACAUUCUCAAUGGUUCGAAGCUUUGGAUUACCGGUGGUGGCAUUGCGGAUCUGUUUACUGUGUUUGCCAAAACUGAAGUAACUGAUUCGAGAACCGGCCAGAAAAAAGAUAAAGUUACUGCCUUUAUAGUUGAGCGAGGCUUCGGUGGAGUGACCAGUGGGCCUCCUGAGGAUAAAAUGGGAAUUCGCUGUACGAAUACUACCGAGGUUUAUUUUGACGAUGUUAGGAUUCCGGUAGAAAACGUACUUGGAGGAGAGGGAAAUGGGUUCAAGGUGGCGAUGAAUAUUUUAAACAAUGGUCGGUUCGGUAUGGCUGGAACAAUGGCUGGCAUAAUGAGCACGUGCAUUACCAAAGCGGUCGAGCACGCAAAUAGCAGAGUUCAAUUUGGCAAACAUUUAAAGGAAUUCGGAAAUGUACAGGAAAAGUUGGCUCGUAUGACUACCCUACAGUAUGUGACACAAUCGAUGGGCUACAUGGUUGCCGGGAACAUGGAUAACGGCUCGAAAGAUUAUCAUUUGGAAGCGGCAAUAUCGAAGAUUUUUUCAUCGGAAGCAGCGUGGAUAGUUUGCGAUGAAGCAAUCCAAAUUUUGGGUGGAAACGGUUUCAUGAGACCAACUGGACUAGAGAAAAUUCUUCGGGAUCUUAGAAUUUACCGAAUCUUUGAAGGAGCCAACGACGUCCUGCGGUUGUUCGUUGCUCUAUCCGGCAUAAAAUACGCUGGAUCACAUUUGAAAGAGCUUCAGUUGGCCUUCAAACACCCAACUGCAAAUUUGGGACUGAUCUUCAAGGAGGGAUCACGCCGAGUUGCGCGUACUUUCGGUGUCGGAGGGACAGAUCUAGGCUCGUUUGUGGUGGAACCAUUGCGGAAUUCGGCCCAUCUGUGUGCCGAAUCAAUCGACUCAUUUGCGUUGGCAGUGGAAACAUUGCUGUUCAAAUAUGGAAAAAGGAUCGUUGAUGAACAGUUUCUCCUGAUCCGGCUGGCUGACAGUGCCAUCGAUAUUUACGCGAUGGUCAACGUAUUGUCACGUGCCACACGGGCUGCGAGAAUCAAUUUACCGUCCGCCGAACAGGAAGUGCUCAUGGCUAAGGCUUGGUGUGUUCAUGCCCAUAGUCGAGUGCAGGGGAACUUGAAACAAAUCAACAAAAGAAUCUAUUUGGAAAGCUUCUCUACUAUGUCCCAAAUUGCCAAGAAUGUUUGUGAAAAUGGAGGUGUCGUACAUAAGCUACCACUGGAAAUAAAUUUGUAAUUUUCCUAGUGAGAAUAAACGCUUUUGAAUAGUGCUAGUUCAUAUGGUACAGGUUAUAUGUUGGUCAAUUCUAGAUCAUAGCUUCUUUUGAGUUUAAUUCAUUGAUGUAUUCUAGUCUGUUUACU